UUGUCAAAUUAAGCCUAAAUAUUGUUUGUCUUUGUUAAUAUUUUUAUAGUGUAAUCUUGGCGAAAUUUGUGAUUAAAGAAUUUAAGACAGCAUAACAUGCAUAAUAAGGGUUAUAACAAUAAAAACACAAUAAAUGUAAAUAUCCUGAUUAAUUUUACAACUGAUCGUUUAUCAACAAAUUGGGUUAACAUAGAUGUCGGCAAAUUCAACGUGCAUUAAGUGCGUACACCAGAACAUGGAAAUAAAAAUAAAUGUUGCCACCAUUUUUGAAAUCGAUGAUCGAUGGCGUUAGAUUAUGGAAAAAAAAUGCAGCAAAAAGAAAAACCAACGCUACUAAUCCGUAAUUAAUCACAACACCUACGUAUAUUCAAUUAGGCAUUGGGAUGAUAAUUUUAUGGUGGUUAUAAUAAUGUAAUUGAAGAGGCUUUUUUUUUUAUUGCUUAGAUGGAUGGACGAGCUCACAGCCCACCUGGUGUUAAGUGGUUACUGGAGCCCAUAGACAUUUACAACGUAAAUGCGCCACCCACCUCGAGAUAUAAGUUCUAAGGUCUCAGUAUAGUUACAACGGCUACCCCACCCUUCGAACCGAAACGCAUUACUGCUUCACGGCGGAAAUAGGCGGGGUGGUGGUACCUACCCGCGCGGACUCCCAAGAGGUCCUACCACCAGUGAGGCUGGGGUUGUAUACUCGAUUUUUUAUUAAUUCUUCGUCCUAUUCGUACACUCUUGGCAGAGCGGUCGUGGUCAUGUAUCAGUCAGAUCUUGCGAUACCGAUGCUCUCGCGAUGCGACGCCAUGUGGCACGAUGUUUCGCAGAGUGAGAGCAAUCAUUUAUGUUGCAGCGAGUCACAGAUUUUAUGAUAUUAUGAUGAUUAUUAUGUUUUUUAUUAAUUACCCAUUGCUUAUUAGAUUCUCCCUUAACUGUUAACACGCAGCCACUGAUGGAGCAUUUUACCGACUCUAAUUACGAAUUUCAAAUCCUUAAGCUCUGCCCAAAAAAAAAUAAUUAAAGGAGCAUCUGCCUUUAUCGAUUCUAAUUACGAAAUACAAAUCCUUAAACUCAACCCAAAAAAAUAUAUUUAAUCUAAUGAUUUCUUCACAGAUAGGAUGGCGAAAAACGAACGCUUGGCUCGCUGGGAACGUCGCCUGCAAAUUUCUACAAGUCUUCAGAGGGUUUGGACUGUACCUGUCUUCGAACGUGUUAGUCUGCAUUUCUGUUGACAGAUUUUUUGCUAUAAUAUAUCCAUUGAGGUUGGCCAUCGCUAGAAAAAGGAGCAAGAUGAUGCUUUACGUAGCUUGGGCGUUCGCUUUAUUGCUUAGCCUGCCACAGAGCGCAGUAUUUCGUGUAAUGGAACACCCGCAAAUACCGGACUUCAAGCAGUGCGUUUCCUUUGAAGCCUUCUCGAAUCAUCAGCAAGAGUUAGCGUAUAACGUCAUUUGUCUUAGCGCGAUGUAUUUCGUGCCUCUGUUAGUAAUAACAAUAUGCUAUUUGUGCAUUUUCUACAAGAUAUCGAGGAACUCAAAACAGAAUUCAGAAAAGGAACCGCCGUCAAAUAGCCGGCGUGUUAUCCUACGUCGGUCUGACCAGCGACCCUUAGUUCGCGCUCGACGGAGGACUUUACGGAUGACAGUCACUAUUGUCACUGUCUUCGCUUGUUGCUGGUUUCCUUACGCUACUAUGACAUUAUGGUACAUGCUGGACUGGGAAUCAGCUAUGCGUGUUCCAAAGCGAUUACAAGACUUUUUCUUCAUCAUGGCUGUGUCAAACUCGUGCAUGGACCCCCUGGUGUAUGGCUCCUACACCGUGGACCUUAGAGCUUUAAUUCUGGCCCUACGGAAGAUAUUCUGCAUACGCAAGGAGCCUACAGUAUUGCCAGGAAUCAAAAGACCCGAAACGAUAACUCUAGUGGACCAGCUUCGUAUUUCGCAAUCAAGAAAACGAGUUCGUCUUUCGAAUCCGCGUGAUGACCUGACUACCCCGAGAACAAGCUCCGAGCCUUUUGCAUACCGCGCCCACCAUUCAUUUAGUGAACGAGCGAUCAUCAUGAAACCAACACACAGCUGCGACGAUUUCACAUUAAGUUCGCCAAAAAAAUGGUAUUCCGCUUAGAAUUAUAUUCAAUAAUAAUGUAUUAUUUUAUUCACAUAAAAAUAACGUUUUUUUAAGAUAAAACUAUGGCACAAAUUGAGUUGCUCUAUAAAGAGAAACGACAUUUAAAUUCAAAAAUGUUUUUAUAUUUCUAAUGUUCCUUCUUCUAAUGUUCCAAUAUUCAAAUUAACAUUUAUGUCGCCUGUAUAAUAUAUUAACCUCUUAUACUACAAAUUAAUAUUUAGUUGCCCUGUUAGGCUACAAUAAUAUUCUUAAGACUCAGUCGAGUCAUGCUUCGAAAAAUCACAUAAUUCAAGUAAUAAAAAAAAGAACACAAUAUUCCUAACCUAAAAGUACAUGUUAUUAUCCGCAACAUGCUUCGUCAGAUAACAGAAAUAAAGUUAUCAGCAACAUGCUUCGUCAAAAAACUCUCCUAACCUCUUUAUGUCAUAACUCAUAUGGAGGUUACAUAAUAUAUAUAUAUAUAUAUAUAUAGAAUAUUCCUCCUCUUAUUUGUAAUGUAAUAUAUGUUAGCUGUUAGAGUUUAAGUUAUUUAAGUAAACAUAAAAUGAUAAUAAUAGAGGUAAGAAAACUGUAAAAUUAACUUAUACUAAAACAUAUCUCGGCAUUCGGCUUAUCUCUCCUCUUAACAGCUUGUCUUUCGACAAAGGCCUCCUCUAAGAAUUUCCAUUUGCUUCUGUCCUUUGCUGUACGUAACCAUCCUGGCCCAGCUACUUAUUGUGUUUGUUUAUUGUUUUGUUGUAAUUAUUGUGUAAUAGUUUCUGUUUUCUAAUUUUUCUUCAGCGAAUAUGCGAGACCUUGUUAGCUCGGUGUUCCCAGAAACCACAAUAUAGUUUGUGAGAAUUUUAAAUUACGAAAUUCGAUAUUUUGUUAUGUGUCUGAGAAUUCUAAUAAUCUUUUAAUAAUAAUUCAAUUAGGUGUGAUAUUUUAAAAUGUGUAUGUGAAAUUUUACAGAUUCUAGUGAAAUCGUUUUGAGCACGGAAUAGAUAAAUAAGGUUAUAUAUUCCGUGGUUUUGAGUAUCUUAGAUCAUUGUUGUUCAGAUGUUGUGCAUUAGUUACGUAUAUUUUAUUGUUUGAAGAAACGGGUUUAUUCAUCGAAAUUUUGUAAAUUUUCUUAGAAUACAUUAAGCUAAUAAGAUAUUUUACUGUAUUUAGUAUUGUGUCAGUUCUGUAUUAAUCGAUAUAAUUUAUAAUACUUAAAGUAGAGUUGUGAUCUGUUAACUAGAAAAAACGGUCUUACCAAACAAAAGUUAAUGAAGAAUUAAAAAGAACGUUAUAUUGUAAGCUAUAUUGUGAAGUGUUAUAACGUACGCGUUCAGGUAAUCGCAAAAAAUAUAUAUUAUAUCUCUAUUUAAAAAAAUGAAAGAAUAAGUUUGCUAAAAAUAUAUAUCGUAAUGUUGGUUCGGCAAUGGCUUAACACUCACCAAAGAGUAUUAAAGCCAUUUAUAUAAUAUUUAGCUAUAAAGGUAAAGUAAGCAUUGGUCGGGUUUCUUAUAAGGAGCUUAAGAGACUAAAAUAUCUAUUUUUAAGGUCAUAAAUUUAGUAUUCGUGAAGAUUAUAAAUAGCGUACUUUUGGAAAGAUAUUUUAUAGAUUAUUGUCAUAUCUUACAAUCUUUGUUUUUGUUAGAUGAUGUUGAUGAUGAGCUAAAAUAAUUUUAUUAUAAAAAACCUUUAGACCUCAAUUAUGAAAGAAUCCUUUGGAAAAUUAUGUUCGAUAAUCCAUUCAUUAUUUCAAUUAAAAAGAUAUCAUUGAACGAUAAGACAUUUCAACGAACAAAUCUAUCAUCUAUGUUAUUUGUUUCAUAUUGUAUGAAAUGUAAAUACAAAAAUUGUUUAUUUAUAAUCUUUAUUAUUUUAUUUUUUCAAUUCAGGCCAUUUAAGGUAAAAACGAGCUCAAGUUUGAAUUAAGAUUUAGAAUUACCAUAAUAUUUAAGCUACGAGAAGAAAAGUAAAAUAUUAUUAACAAAUUUCAACAAAGGUUUCCCAAGGAUCGUAUUUUUUGUGAAGUGAAACUUCUAAUGCGACUUCCAACAAGGUUGCGUUAAACGUUAAACGCUACCGUGGAAUAGAAAGAGACAGAGCGAGAGUGAAUGCGUGCACUGUAACGCAUGCGCGUAUUGUACCUGUUACAGGUUAGCGCCAGCAUUAGCAACGAGUAGCGUCCAAUAUUAUAAUGAAGUAUUUAAAAAAAAAAAAAAAAUCUAUCGCAUCUCAUAUACACAGCAUUCUCUAUUACAAGAGUAAUCUCAUCUCAUUUAAGGAUGAAAAAUGAAGAAAACCACAAUACUUACGCAUCGAAAAAGAAGUUUCACUUCAUUCACGUGCACCAAGUUGCACGCGCACCGUUUUUUUUGUCUCUCAAUUUCUCCGUCGUCAAUAUAAAGAUUACGUUGAUAUUUCUCUUUAAAACGAUCGGCUUGGCCUUUAAGGGGGCCAAUUUUAAUUUCGCUUAAACUAAAAAGAAGCUUCGCUCAACGUCUAGACAGAUUUAGGGCAUGAAGGCUACUAAAGCCAUACUGCCUACAAAAUGAAUUACAACAUUUACAAGAUUCAUUCUUUUGUUAUGUAUUUAUUGAAGAAAUUCUUUGAUUGAUUGAAGAAAUUAUUAAUUGAAAAAAAUUCUAGAAAAUUUAAAACAUUAUUUUGUGUUAAAUGAAAAUUUGUUUAUACACAUCAAAGAUGAAUUAUUAUGUCACGGAUAAUAGUUUUAAGAGUGAAUGUAUUCGUUUAUCAACUAAUAAUAAUUAGUAAAUUUUUCUAUGUAUAGAUGUGCUAAAAACAAUUUCGAAUAAAAAAUAAACGGAUUUA